AUGACCGAAAAGCCCAAUAUCGACUGGGACAGCUUCGCCAAUGCUGCGGGCUUCAAAAGCGCGAAUGUCGCCCAGACUCGCUGGGGUCAGAUAAAGCGGAAGUUCAACAUCCCGGCCGGCCCGGCCACUCCGAAGAAGGCCACGCCAAAGGCCUCCCCGUCAACUCCUGGCUCCUCUUCCAGAGUCAAGAAAAACACUGGUCGUGUUGGAGGAAAAGGGGCUAAGAUUAUAAAGUCAGAGGAGAAGGCUGAGGAUAGUGAGCCUGAGGAUCCCAAACAUGAGACCACUGGCGAGUUGACAGGGUUCAAGUUCGAGGAGGAGAUCUGA